AAGAAAUGAAGCACGCGGCGGAUUUUAGUACUUAGAAGUUGCUCAUAUUCUUCCCCAUCCUUUAAGAAUCGUGGCUCCUGGAGAAACGGACUUGUCGAAGGAAAAUGUGAUUCGCAUUUUAGACAUGUUCAAGCCUGGAAUCAGUCACCAUCUUGAUGCCUCCAAGAUUGAUAGCCCUAUGAAUGCUCUCACACUAACACUUGAUUAUCAUCGACUAUUUGGCGAAUUCCAGGUAUGCGUUGAACGGACGGGCCCACAUCAGUAUAGGAUCGAUUCGCUGGAGCAUAAUUCUUUUUUGCGUGAUCCACUAUUCCCCGUCACCCGAACGCUAAACCUGAGUUCGAGCCGCACCAUCAAUCCACCCGAUCAUCGACUUUUUGGCGUCCACUGUGCCAUUGCACAUAUUAUGAAACUCAGUGGUGCGGGCGAAUAUAUCGAGAAAAUACUUCGAGAUAUGGAAGAAGUAGAUGUGAACUCAGAUGGCUCGACGAAUUUAGGAUAUAUAACGGGAUUAAGACUUGAUGGUUGGCUAAACACGUUGGCUGUGUUUUAAUUGCGUGGACUUCGUUCAUCCUACUUAUUCUUGUGCAUACAUGAUACUCAAGUAACAAUACCAAUUAAUAAUGCUGAAUGGUCU